UCUAUACAGACUGUAUAAUUGUGUAUAUUUUUCUAUACUGAGUGUAUAAUUGUGUAUAUUUUUCUAUACUGAUUGUAUAAUUGUGUAUAUUUUGUCUAAACAGGGAAUAUCCUACCGCUAGCCUAUGCACUCGUCGCCUCAGAAAAUGAUGCAUCUUAGGGUUGGUUCUUCAUGCAAUUGAAGAAUACUUUUGGGGUUUGGGAAGGUGUAUUAUUUUGGAUAGACAUGAUAGCAUCCAAAAUGCAACAUCAACUGUUUACGCAAAAGUGCCUCGUUGUUUCUGCAUCUACCAUUUGUGGAACAACGUCAAGGAUCUAUUCAAGAGAAAUAAGGAAAAAGCGAGACCGAUCUUUUUUGCUUUGGCUAAGGCUUACACCACUGAAAGGUUUGAACGCUCCAUGAACGAAUUGACUAAAAUUGAUCACCGAGUGCAACCUUACUUGUUCAAUGUUGGGUAUGAACGGUGGUCUAGAGUAUUCUGUAGAAUGAAAAGGACAAUUUUCAUAACCUCCAAUAUAGCUGAGUCAAUGAAUUCGACAAACAAAUUUGCCAGAGAGCUUCCAGUAAGACGCUUGCUGGAGUUUUUGACAAAGUUGAUGACACAAUGGACCUACGAAAAUAGGAAACGUGCAACGAAGUCUACAGAGCUUGGAAAAAUGUACAACAAGAAGUUCAAGAAAAAUAUGAUUGCAUCACAGAACAUGACGGCAAUACCUUCUACGGACCAGUUGUAUACAGUGGUUGAAGGCAAAAGGAUAAACAUAGUGGAUCUCGGAGAGGGAACAUGCAGUUGUAAGAGAUUUCAAAUGAACAAAUUGCCAUGUCACAUGCUUGGGCAGUUAUAAAGCACAAUGGAAUGGACCCAAUCCAAUUCUGCUCUUUCUACUACAAGAAAGAUUAUCUCGUGAAAACAUGGGAAAUUCCUGUGAAUCCCAUUCCAGAUGAGACUACAUGGGUUUUCCCUAGAGAGGUCAUGGAGAAUGUGGUCUUACCACCAGAAGGGAAGAGAAGUGCUGGAAGACCAAAAAUGAAGAGAUAUAAACCGGCUUCGGGGACGGAUAAUAAUGACAAUAAGAAGAAGAGGGCUAAGCUUUCAUGUGGGCAGUGUGGACAAGCUGGUCACAAUAGGAAAAUAUGCAAAAAUAUA